AUAAUUGUUUCUUCUUUAACCAUAUCAAUAACUUCGUCUGGUAUACGUAAAUAUUUUAUGGUACUUCCACGAAUAUAGCAUUCCGGCAUCCUCCAAAAUUUGUCACCAUCCUGGAAAUAUUAAUAUUGUAUAAUAUAAAUGAAAAAUUUAUAACAAGGAAUUACCCUAGAUGUACAAAUAACUUCUCGUAGAUUUAUAUUCAUCCAAUUAUCACAACUAACUAAGUGACCAUUGUAAGUUUCUCCGUUUUUUAAUUCCACCAACUAAAAUGAAAAAAAAAUUGGUAUAAAAACGAUUUUGGAAAAACACUAAAUAAGUACUUACCAUAGGAUGAUUUUGAGCAGUUCUGAGUAGCGACAAAGGAAGCUAAAAAAUAUGGACGGUUAAAAAACAUCACAUACAUAAUUUUAUUAAAAAUUACCAUAUUUUUUUAUAAAAAUUUCUUUUCGGUUUUCAACAAUAACAAGAAAUAUAACUUAACCUAAGAUAAUCUUCUGGCACGACGUUGACAGUUUUCUGUUUACAUAUAUCCACAGUUAUUUAUAAAAAAUACAAAAGUAGCCAUUUUGACGUAUAAUUUGACACCUGACAAAUUUGACAACUAUCAAAUUAUUGUAAAAUUGUGAUCGGGAAGCGGCUUUGUAUUAUAUAUAUUUAUAUAUUUUAUAAAAAUUGUGUGAGUGAUUAGUGCUGAAAAAGUUAAAUUGUUAACUCGAAUUGACUAUACAAUUUUGGCUAGCGGUAGUAAUCAAAUGUUCCGUAUAAGAUCUAAAAAUUGGGUGAUACUAAUCCCGAAUGUCAUCCUCAAAUUUAUCCCACUCUGUUGCUAUGGACGUUGACGGUCCUAGCAGCGGACCUGGUACGUUAAAAAGGUGCUCCAGUGCCCCCAUGAUUAAUGAAACCACGAACGUAAUGUCUACUGCUAAUUCUCCCACAUCAAACAGAGACCAACAACCUUUUAUUUUCGGUUCUGCGUCACAAAUGAGACCUAGAAGGUUCAGUGCUAGUUUUAGUCAAGUUCCUGGGUCACCUAUAUUGGGGCCGCGUUUAACACCUCGUAUUAAUCAGCUUCGUCAAGAAGAGCACGAGGUUACGAGUAAUACUCGUGAAUUGGCGCACGAACGCGAAAUUCAUCAUACAAUGCAAAUAUCACAAUCUUGGGAAGAUCUCAGUCUUAUGAGCGAUAGUAAUGAAUCUACAAAGAAUAAUAAUCGCAUGGGUCCGCUACAACUUAAUUUACCUAUAUGCGGUAGUGGUUUCAUAUGUAAUUCACCUUCUCCUACUAGAUCUGGUUUCCAGAGUCCAACGAGGUCUCGAACCAUUAUAAGAAGAAGUGCUAGUCCAGUUUUGCGUCCCAGUCCAUUGGGAGUUAAAAGAAAAUUGGAUGAUGAUAAAACAGAUUUCCACCUCAGUCCGCGAGCCAAAAGAGUUUACAGUUAUUCAGGCGGUGCUGAUAGGGUGGGUCUACUAACCACUACAGGCACAUCUUUACCUGGUUCGCUUAGUUCAGUCGGUACGCCCGAGUCCGUAUCCAGUGCCGAUUCUCCUAGUUUCAACAAUUUUAGAAACGUCGAUAGUCCUUCUCCGGGUCGUGCAAUGCCAUUAGAUAGUAUGUCCAUAUCGAAAAACGAUCAAGAAAUGACAGAGAGUCCCAGUUAAGUUGAAGUUUAUGUUAUUUUUGUUUUGAAAUAUUACAGUCGAUGUGGAAAUCUGUAAGUUUCUCUGGGAUGUGCCAAAAUUUUUUUAAUAAAUCGUAUAGAAGUGGAAACAGUUGAUAUUUGAGAGAGGAAAAUUUUGCUUAUUUCAUUUUGAAACUGAACAGAGAGAAAAAAAAAUAAUGGGAAAUAAGUCGAAUCUGUUUUUGCAAAAAAUAAGUUAUAUUGUACAAUUUAUUUUUUAAAUGGUAAAAAUGGUUAAAAGACAUGCAUCUUUCUUAAAAUAAUUUCGUUUUUUAUUAUUUUUCUAAAUUAAUAUUGAUUAUAUUACACCGUUUGGAACGAAAAGAAGCAUUAAAAUUGUUUUGUAUACCAGAGCAUCAAAAAUAUUGUACCGGGUUUACCAAAAUGAUAUGUUUUGCAGUAAAACAACGUCUUCCAUUUUGCGGUAUAAUUUUGCAGUAAUCUUUGAAAUAAUUAAAAUAUAUGAACGUGGAACAGUUUGUACUUUAGUUGGUAGGUUUGUUAUUUAUUUUUCCCGUGCGGUAAAUCAACGUUUUUUUUUUUUUUGUUGAAAGGAAAAAAAUAUGGUUUAUAAGGUGUGCAAUAUCAGAGAGAAACGGACAUGUAUUGUUAGUGAUAAGGAAAAAUUUGAAUUGUUGAAUGCAGAUUGAAAUAUGAAACUUUUUCAAUUCGGAUUUCUGUUUAUUUGUAUAGAGAAAUUAUCGUAUUGAUUAGGUUCCGUUUAAAACGGGAACUUUUAAAUAUUUUGUAAAUAUGGUUUUUUUUGCAAUACCUUUUUGGAUAUUAGCCAAAAUUAAAUAACAAUUUUGUUUACUGCAGAGGGGUGUUAUACUGACUUUCCAUUUGCUCUCUUAAUUUCAAUAAAACUACUACAUAACUUAAAA